AUGGAAUUGGAUCAUGAUCCAAUCAAUUCUUCUUCUCCCCCUCAUUCUUCUUCAUUCAAUAAAGCAACAGUGGUAACAGAUCCCUUUACCACACCUGUUCGUAAUAGUAAUAGUAGUAGUCCAAAACAACAACAAUCUCUUGUUCAGAAAAAAUUAAAAAGAUCAUUUCGAAUAUAUUGUGAUAACUGUUUUAAAUGUUUUUUUAGACGUUUAACAUUUACACCAGAUGGAGCACUUUUAAUAACCCCUUCUGGUCAAUAUCAGACUGAUUUAUUUAAUAAUGAUGAUAGUCAAAACACAGGGUGUCUAUAUUUAAGAAACAUGUUGGAUAAGUCAGAUGAUGGAAAUACACUUGUUGUUACAUCCUUUGAUGGUUAUUGUUCUAUAGUGACAUUUGAAGAGGGUGAACUUGGUGAACGGUACCUUGUUGUUGAGGAAAAAUCAGAAUUUCCCAAUAAUGGUAAUGAUAAUAUGAGUGAACCCUAUUUAACUAGUUGUUAA